GCAUCUUCCUUCCCCAUCUUUGCAUGAUUAAUCAAAUUACGUCUCUACAAAAUGCAACCAUCACAAAUCAACACCCUCACCACAUUCAUCUCUCAUGGCUCCUCCAUGGAUUCAAGAACUCCAUCUCAAUUCCUUGACUAUACCUAUCACAAUUAUCAACAAAUUCCCCGUUACUCCCUCCAAGCCUAUUCCUGUUAAACCGGGUGAUACUUUAUAUCUUUCAAACCUCGAUGACAUGAUCGGGGCGCGCGUCUUCACACCAACCGUAUAUUUUUAUCAAUCCGACAGCUCGGGCGGGACUUUCCAUAAACCUGUCACAGAAAUACUUCGACGUUCGCUAGCCGAUGUUUUGGUUCCUUAUUACCCUCUCUCAGGAAGGUUAAGAGAAACAAAAAAUGGUAAACUGGAAGUAUUUUUCGGACACGAACUAGAAGGAGCAUUAAUGGUUGAAGCAAGAACUAACAUAGCUUUAUCUGAACUAGGUGAUUUUGCAGCACCAAACCCUUGUUGGGAACCAUUGAUCUUCAAGUUUCCCAAUGAAGAACAAUACAAAGUGUUGGAAAUGCCACUUGUUAUAGCCCAGGUAACACUCUUCACAUGUGGUGGAUUUAGCAUCGGUUUACGCCUUUGUCAUUGUAUCUGUGAUGGAAUGGGAGCCAUGCAAUUUCUAGGAGCAUGGGCUGCAACAGCUAAAACCGGAACAUUGGUGACAGAACCUGAACCAUGUUGGAAUAGAGAAGUUUUCAAGCCACGUGAUCCACCAGAAGUGAAGUUUCCACACAUGGAGUUCAUGAGAAUUGAUGAGAGAUCAAAUUUAACAAUGAAACUAUGGAAAACAAAGCCGGUUCAAAAAUGUUAUAGAAUCAACCGCGAGUUUCAAAACCAAUUGAAAUCGCUUGCUCAACCAUUUGAUGAUGCUGGUUGCACUACAUUUGAUGCAAUGGCCGCACAUAUUUGGAGAUCAUGGGUUAAAGCUCUUGAUGUGAAGCCUUUAGAUUACCAAUUAAGGUUAACAUUUUCUGUCAAUGCUAGACAGAAGCUUAAGAAUCCACCAUUGAAGGAAGGUUUUUAUGGUAACGUGGUUUGUAUUGCUUGCACAACAAGUAAUGUUUCUGAGCUUGUGAAUGGGAAAUUACCAGAGACAACCCUUUGGGUUCGCGAAGCUAGACAGAAUGUAACAGAAGAAUAUUUGAGAUCAACAGUUGAUUAUGUUGAAGUUGAUAGGCCAAAGCAGCUUGAGUUUGGUGGUAAGCUUACAAUAACUCAAUGGACAAGAUUUUCAAUAUAUAAAUGUGCUGAUUUUGGAUGGGGUCAGCCAAUUUAUGCUGGUCCUAUAGAUUUAACACCUACACCUCAAGUUUGUGUGUUUUUACCUGAAGGGGAAGGUGACUGUAGUAAUGGUUCUAUGAUUGUUUGCAUUUGCUUGCCUGAAUCUGCUGCUAACAAGUUUACACAAGCCUUGUUGAUCGAUUCUCUUUCGACAUAG